AUGGCAUAUCGUAUGCCCCACGACCGAGACCGGCGGGUGUACAUCGUCAUCCACCAAGACGGCAUGAUAGUCCAGAUUCUGGGCGUCUACGAAGAGCUGCAGGAUGCCAACCGAGACUGUAUCUUCCAGGCAUCGCAAGGGGGAAUCGAGCUGCUGCAGGACUCGCCGACGACAGGCCCCGACAAACACCACAUCUCGCCCAUUGAGCCCGCGCGGUGGGACACGCCUGACGGGUUGUCGUGCUGGGUCGAGAGCCAUACGGUUGAGCCGAGCCGAGUUGUGAGCUCGAAUCUCGAGAUACGCAGACCAAUGGCGUGA